UAACAUGACAAUAAUAUAUGUUGACUAUAGUCAUCGUGCGCAGCUGAUCGGUGCAGUUGCGCAUCAAGACAAUAAAACAAAACAAAACAGAGGAAAACUAUGUAAUACGUUGAAAAUAUUAGUUCAGUUUUUGGAAAGUAAUACAUAUUCGAUUCCACCAGCUAAUCUUCUGCUGCGGCUGUAAAUAUUCUGUCAGAAAUUGCUCCAGAUUUGAGGGAGUUCUUGUGAGUUUACGUCGAACACUGGUUUUGUAAGACUGGGCUUAAGAGUAACCGCAGGUAAAUAAAGACAGAAAAAUUUAAAAUAAAUGGCAUCGAAGGAAGAACCUACUGGUAAAGUAAGCAGUGAUGGAGAAGAUAAUACAGCAUCUGCAUCAGCUACUGAUAUUUCUGAUAGAUGGGACAUAGAACGAAUUACACAGUACUUUGCAAGAAAAUUUGGUUUCCGCAGGGACGAGGAUGAGCUAGAAGAACCCACAGAAAAGAUUUUGGAAGAGUCUUCUGUAGAUGGAAUAAUAAAAUACAUUAAAGAUAGCAAAUGCAAGAAUAUAAUUACAAUGGCUGGAGCUGGAAUAUCCACAUCUGCUGGAAUUCCUGAUUUUCGAUCACCAGGAUCAGGUCUUUACCACAAUCUUGAGAAAUACAACUUGCCUGAUCCACAGGCAAUAUUUGAAAUAGGCUUUUUUAGAGAGAAUCCAAAACCUUUUUUCACACUGGCAAAGGAGCUAUAUCCUGGUUCUUUCAAGCCAACUGUAUGCCACUACUUCAUUCGGCUCUUGCAGGAAAAAGGGCUACUGCUAAGACACUAUACUCAGAAUAUUGACACAUUAGAAAGAGUAGCUGGAAUUCCUGGAGAGAAGAUUGUAGAAGCCCAUGGAACAUUUCACACAUCUCAUUGCAUAGACUGUCACUCAGGUUACUCAAUGGAAUGGAUUAAAGAGAAAAUAUUUGCUGAUUCCGUCCCAACAUGUGAAGAUUGUAACGGCAUUGUCAAACCAGAUAUAGUCUUUUUUGGAGAAAAUUUGCCGACAAGAUUUUUUACUUUGAUGCAGAAAGAUUUUCCAAAAUGUGACCUUCUCAUCAUAAUGGGAUCAUCCCUUGCUGUACAGCCGUUUGCUUCUCUUAUUGAUAGAGUUCCAAGCAAUUGUCCUAGGUUACUUGUGAACAGAGAAAAGGCUGGUGAACGAAGUUCUCUCAUGGUGAUGAUGGGACUUGGUGGUCUUGAUUUCAAAUCCGAGUAUUCUCGUGAUGUUGCUCUACUAGGUGACUGUGAUUAUGGAUGUCAGUUGCUAGCAGACAAGCUUGGAUGGGGUGAUGAAUUGAGGGAAUUAGUUGCCAAAGAACAUAAAAGAAUAGAUGAGGAGAACAGCAAAAAUGUCAGUACAGGAACAAAUGAGCAAGAAAGAAAAGGUGCUCAGUCAGAGGGGAAACAAAAAUCAGAAGUUAAAGAAGAAGCAAAGUAAGAAUGAAAAUUAAUCUGUAUGUUAACACUGUUGAUCUCUGUACAAACUAAAAAUUUUUAUAAUGUUUGUAAGUUUAUAAUGUGUGAAGCAGUAAUACAUUCACCAGAAUAGAAAGUGUGAAA